ACCCUUCCUUGGGGUCCCCAAGCCAGGCUUGUACCCUCUGGGCCCCCCAUCCUUCCAGCCCAGUUCCCCAGCCCCAGUCUGGAGGAGCUCCCUGGGGCCCCCUGCACGCCUCGACAGGGGAGAGAACCCGUACUAUGAGAUCGGGGCAGGUGAGGGGUCCCCCUAUUCUGGCCCCGCCUGCUCCUGGAGUCCCUUUCGCUCCAUGCCCCCUGACAGGCUCAAUGCCUCCUACGGCAUGCUGGGCCAAUCGCCCCCACUCCACAGGUCCCCCGACUUCCUGCUCAGCUACCCACCCGCCCCCUCCUGCUUUCCCCCCGACCACCUUGGCUACUCAGCCCCCCAGCACACUGCCCGGCCCCCGACCCAGCCCGAGCCCCUGUACGUCAACCUAGCCCUAGGGCCCAGGGGUCCCUCACCUGCCUCUUCCUCCUCCUCUUCCCCUCCUCCUGCCCACCCCCGAAGCCGUUCAGAUCCCGGUCCCCCAGUUCCCCGCCUUCCCCAGAAACAACGGGCACCCUGGGGCCCCCGAACCCCUCACAGGGUGCCCAGUCCCUGGGGCCCCCCUGAGCCUCUCCUGCUCUACAGGGCAGCCCCACCGGCCUACGGGACGGGGGGUGAGCUCCACCGAGGGUCCUUGUACAGAAAUGGAGGACAAAGAGGGGAGGGGGCUGGACCCCCACCCCCCUACCCCACUCCCAGCUGGUCCCUCCACUCUGAGGGCCAGACCCGAAGCUACUGCUGAGCGCCAGCUGGGAGGGGCCGUCCUUGCUUCCCUUCAUCCUCGCUGGAUCUUGGCCCAGACAAAUCCCUUGUUUUGUAUUUUCUUGAGCCCUGACCCCUACCCCAGGUUUCUAACUUUCUAACUUGUUUCUGAUGUGGGUUUCUAACCUGUAAUCCCAGCUUCCCUAUCCUGGGCUGAAGGGUCUGCCCACCCCCCACCUCCCUCCAUCCUGGGGGUCCUCGCACAAAUCUGGGGAGGGGGCGCUAGGCUGACCCCAUCCUCCUCUCCCUCCAGGAGCCCCCAGCAUGUCCUAACCUGUGCAUGGGGGUGGAGGGACAGUUCCUGCCCUUCUCUCCCCACAUGCCCCACUAAACCAUCUGACAACGUUAACGAAUAAAAUGGUGAAAAUGUG